AUGGCUGCCGCUGACGUAGCUAGCAUCAGCCAGGCACCUGUCCCUGGCUAUAUUCAUGCCACCCCCUCUCGAGGUCUAUAUCGAGAUGUUGAUCAGGCAAUUCACGACUACAUCGGGGCUAGUAGUAAACUAGAGCACGACUUCAGCGAAGAUGAACCCUUUUUCGUUGCCGACCUAGGACAGGUGCUGAUACAACAUCAAAAAUGGCAAAAAUACCUUCCAAUGGUUGAGCCAUUCUAUGCAGUGAAAUGCAACCCGGACCUGCCUCUUUUGAGAUACCUAGGGACACUCGGUACUGGCUUUGACUGUGCCUCGAUUGAAGAGAUUCGGACUAUGCUCUCUUGGGGGGUUGAACCUUCGCGCAUAAUCUUUGCCAACCCAUGCAAAAGCCCGUCCUCGGUUCGAUUUGCAAGGAGUGUUGGGGUCUACCGAACGACAUGUGACAACAUUGACGAGCUUGAAAAGAUACACUUCAUCAUGCCUGAGGCUAUGAUAGUGUUGCGCCUUUUCGCUUCAGACCCAGAAGCCAUGACCGACCUCAGUGAUAAGUUCGGGGCCACUAAGGACGUUGCGCUCGAUCUUCUCAAGCGUGCCCGACAGUUAGGGAUGAAUGUUGAAGGAGUCAGUUUCCACGUAGGGUCUGGCUCCCGGAGCGCCACGGCAUUUGAGACAGCUCUACGAGAUUCUAAGCAUAUCUUGGAGGUAGCACGAUCCUUAGGCUUCAAAUCCAAUCUACUUGACAUCGGUGGCGGUUUUCUCGACGAACACUUCGUCAUAGUUGCGGAGAAGAUUCGCUGCUUCAUUGAGACGGAAAUACCCAGUGACAUACGCGUCAUUGCAGAGCCAGGCCGCUUUUAUGUUCAAAAUGCGUACAGUCUGGUAACUAAAGUGAUCGCUAGACGACAAGCGACCUCUCAGCAUGGUGUAUCUACCAUAGGUAUGCUGUACCAAAACGAUGGAAUUUAUCGAAAUUUCAUGAAUGCCGUCUUCGAGAACCUAAGGCCGGAGCCCCAACUGAUCAGAUCGAACAUUAACCCUAUUGGGCCAGAGGCACCUAGAAGAACACGCUGUGAGCAUGAAUAUCAUAUCUGGGGGCCGACAUGCGACUCGAGGGACAGCAUCACGAAAACCGCCAUCUUUGAUUCGGAGGUCUUGGUUGGUGAUUGGUUGAAGUAUAAAGAUAUGGGAGCUUACACUUUGGCAAUGGCUACACGGUUCAACGGUUUCGAUAGCCAGUGCAAGAUAGUUUACGUUUCUAGCAAACUCUAG